AUGUUCGAUUCCCUGAAAGUCUGGGUGUUAAGAUACAAGAAGUCCUACAUGCUUCGAGGAGUUCGGACGCUGCCUGCAGGACAUGAGCGUGGCGUCGGGCCGAGCGCGCGGAUCGCCUGCCGCCGCCGCCGCGGACACGCGCCGCCCGACCUCGGCUGGACGCGCAACGGCCACCCGAUCGAUCUCAAGGAGGAGGCUGAGAGGGUCCAGGUCCGCGAGGACGGCACGCUGGUGAUCCAGGAGGUCCUGCAGACGGACGAGGGCGAGUACGUGUGCGAGGCGUCCAAUCCCGCGGGGACCAGGAAGUCUCCUCCUGCCAUCCUCGACGUCAUCGUGGCGCCCUUCUGGGUGAAAGGCGCGCGCGACGUGGUGGGCGUGGCCGGCAAGGAAGUGGAGAUCAGCUGCCGCGUGGGCGGCGACCCCCGCCUCCAUCACCUGGCGCAAGGUGGGCGGCCGCAUCCCGCUGGGCCGCAUGCGGGUGGUGCGCGACCGCGGCCUCAGGGUGUCGCCGCUGCGGCCCGACGACGCCGGCGUCUACCUGUGCAAGGCGGCCAACCGCGCCGCCGCCAUCACCGCCAACGCCACGCUCACCGUGCUCAGUAA